AUGGGGGGGGUUGAUGGGGGGGAGGCUGAUUGGGGGAGGCUGAUUGGGGGGAGGCUGAUGGGGGGGGGGGGGGGGGGGGCUGAUGGGGGGGAGGCUGAUUGGGGGAGGCUGAUUGGGGGGGGGCUGAUGGGUGGGAGGCUAAUGGGGGGGAGGCUGAUGGAGCCCUUUGACUUUCUGCUGUGCCAGAUGUGUGUCCAGCUGUUGUCCCUGUGCUCUCUGGGGGCCAGUGCAGGGGCCGCUGCCAAAGACUCCUCCCUCAGGGACCAGUGA